UUUCAUGUUUUUUUUUUUUUGUAUUUAAGGACCCUUGUUUUAGGGAAGUGAAAGCAAAGCUUUGAUGUGGGAGGUGUCGAUGUAGCCCCUGUUCUUCAGUCAGUCAUCGAUCAUUUAUGAAAGAAUAAUCUGCAUUUUCCAGACAAAGAAUUUGAUGAUGGAUGGAUCAAGGUUCAAUUCAACAUCUAACAGCACUGCUGUAGGUUCAGAGAAGAUUGCUCCUGCUGUAGUUCUGGGUUUGUGCUGUUUGGUUGGUUUGCCAAGCAACAUUGUGGUAAUUAUCAGCAUUGCUCGUGAGUGGAACAAAAAUCUGAGCUUCACCUUAAAACUAAUGCUAAACCUUGCGGUCUCUGAUGCUUUGACCCUUUGCUUGGCUCCUUUUGUGCUGUAUGGAAUACUGUUUGGAUGGAAAUUUGGCCUUUGGUCUUGUAAGUUCCUGUUUUUUUUGGGUCACUGGAGUCUGUAUGUAGCUGUUCUGACUGUCACAUCCAUGAGCGUGCACCGCUAUCACAAUGUCAUCAAGUCGAGAGUCACUAACAGGAUGAUACUUCAGAGACUGGAAAGACGGCACAGGUGCCUUCAGCUGACUGGCAUCUGGAUUCUAGCCUUUGUCUUUGCCCUACCAGUCAUUUUUACUCAAGGACUCAAAGACAAGAAUGGAUUGUUAAGAUGUCAGAGGAUAACAGAGUCACAGUCUGUAAAAGUAACUGUUUUGCUUUUUGAGAUCCUGUUGGGGUAUGUCAUCCCAUUUUCGACAAUGUUGACAUGUUAUCUAUGGUUGCACAAAGGGUUGAGACAAAAAGCCAAGAGCUCCAGUCUAACUAGAGCUCCACAGGACCAGGAACCCAGAAACCAGGGGACAAAUGUUCGGACUUACAAGAAGAGGCUUGUGAUCAGCAUCGUUGUGGCUUUCUUUCUGUUUUGGACUCCUGUGAACAUUAUCAAUGUGAUUGAUAUAGUCAUUACUCUGACUAAAACAUCUCAUCCAGAUGUUCAUUCCCAACUGAAGUCCUUCCGCCGAGUAUAUGCUGAUACAAUCUACACUCUGGUUUUGCUAAACUGCUGUCUGAAUCCUUUUCUUUAUGUUUUCUUUUCAAGAAAUGGCAUGAAAUGUACUUAGUA